GAAUUCAAAGCCUGCUCUCCUGGAGGAUUAUGUGAAACUUCUUGUUGACGUCCUUCAGAGUAUAUCGUCAUAUUCUGUUGCUAAGGAAAUGACACGUGACUUAGUCUUUGAUUAUGCGACAUCCAUUCUGGAGAUUGCCAAGAAAAUCGCAAGGGCGUGGCCAGAGGGAUCAUCGAUGCACAUGCACCAGGAUGACAGAGAUGUGUUUUUGAGAAAUCGGGAUGGACUAACAAAGCUCGAGAAGGAUGUCUUAAGCAACACGAAUGCUUUCAUGCAUUUCGAUCAGAAGGUCGUGACCCCGCCAAUUGUUCUCGUCGAAAGUACAUCUGGAGAGUUUCUGGGCUACAGCGCAGAAUUUGACUUUACGACCGAUUAUGAGUACAGCGAAUUUGCGAGUGAACGGACCUUGAAUUUCAAUGCCACGAGCGAUGUUCAGAUUGAAGAGCUAAUCAACAAGGAUAUUCUCCUUCGGUACUCAGUACCUUCGGCUGACCUGUCGUCCAGCAGAGGCGUCAAUGUAUCUCGUAGAGAGGAGUUGAUGAUUAAAGAGGGUGAUAAUUUCACCAUCGUUUGGGCGUCGUCGACUGCCGCAUGUACAUCCAUAAGUGACACGCACACACGAACAAGUUGCAAAAUUGUGCACUACGAAGGCUGGAGUUCCCCAUGCGAGUGCAGUCACGUGGAUGACGUAACCGUCUUCAUCAAGGUUUGGAAAAUCGGUAUUUCCAGAGUGUUCAGAUGGUCUUUGUCUUUAAGCUGCGGAGUGUCUGUUAUCGCAAUCAUCAUUGCUCUUGUCCUCCGUGGAUAUGCUAGAUGCCUAUGGAAGACGGAUACAGACCUUGCUACCACCAUGGUUCUUGUUGCCAUAGCAAUGACUGAUAUAAGUCUGCUUCUUUCUGUGCAGGAUAUUAAGAGUGAAAUUUUCUGCAGGGCUAAUGGCAUCGCCCUGCAUUUUUUCUACACGUCAGUUUGUUCUUGGAUGUUUGUUCGAGGGUUAUUACUCCACCGCCAAUCACACGAGCCGCUACAAAUUGCUACAGGGUCACUUCCACAUCAGCGAAUCAGUUUUCUGAUUGGAUUAGGCAUUCCUUCAGUCGUAGUCUUUGUUUCCACCAUUGCCUUGUUUUCUCAGUACACGUCCGAGUUGGGGUGUGUGGCUGACUUCAAGAAAAAUCUUUUAUGGGCGUUCCUGGUAGCACCUAUUCUGAUUACAACACUGGUUCUCGGCCUCUUUCUCUACGUUGUUAAGUCUGUAUCAAUCAACAAGAUGUCUGCACUGAAUACCAAGGAAAUGAAACGCAAUCUUUUCAAAAGUGCAUGCCUGGCCGUUCUCACCUCGGUAGCAUUGAUACUGAUGCCUCCAUCGUUAGCUUCACCCACUGGUAAACUAACAGCCGCUCAAUGGAUCUUCGCCGUCAUUAACUCACUCCAGGGCCUGUGCAUGUUGUCUCUGUGCUGUUUCUGGGACUCGAAGGUUCGCAAAGCACUUGCUCAUCGUGUAGGUCAAAGCAGGACACCCGAUGAGAAACUAAAAAUGUCUACACACAAGGUAAAAUCUCCGAAAUCGUCUCCGACCACGGAAAUGCCCGUGGGUCGUGGAGCUUCGUACAUCGAGGCGGACUUCACCCCUGUCGUGCCGGGCCCAGGAGCCCUUCAUCACGGCCAUGAUUCGCCUACCAUUUCCAUGGAAAAUGACGGCUUUGAAGAUUGUCCUGAAAUCGACUUGCGUGUACUGUCUCCGUCACCAACACCUGACCCCACCAUGCGACCCGUUUCUGCGAUGUCAGACCUGACCCUUCAAGAUCUCCCUGGUAUGGUGUUCACCAACGAAUCUGAAUUCGUGAGAGAGGUGAAGACCACCCAUCGCGUGUUUGUCAAGGGAAAGUGGCACGUUGAGCAAGAUGAGAAGGUAAUUAGAAAAGUAUACCGACGUCCUCGAUCCAACGCAGAAACAUCCACAGUCUAAACUACUGUACAAAAUAUCACCAAGUAUCGUCUAAUGUCAGGGCGAAAGGGGAACUAGGGAUUACAGAGUUUGUUUAAAGCUGCAGAUUUCAUUUCAGUCCAACCACACACUGAUGUCAAUGAUACAAGAAAUAGGAUAGCCUACUAUAACAUAAUUCCGUACAAAUAAUGGGGAUGAUUGUAUUUGCAAGAACAAACAAACAGGCCAGGUAAAGUAGAAUUUUCACUUGAAAUAUGAAGUCAGCAGAAAUCGAACGUUCAGGAAUUGUGGGCAGGCAAUGUUUCGAGUAGGUUCUAAAAGUGUGAUUUUAAUUGCUAAAUAGUUUAGGUGAUUUAGGAGUUGUAAUAAUCAGAUUGUUCAAAUCUGAAACUGGAGAAGUUUGCUAUUCAUGUGACAGUAGGCUUAAAGAACAAAUUUUAAAACUGAUAAAAAAAUCCACCAAAACCAAACAUUAAAUAUCUAUAUCCUGAACAUUGCCUACAUUUUCAUAGGGUACAACUUGACUCUGAAAGUUGAGAACAUUGUGUGUAUUUAAAAUAUUGUUUAUAACAUUUCAUUUCAUUCAUUUCACUUAUUUCAUUUUUCGGGAUCAACAAUUCACGGAAUACAAUAACAAAGUUUACAAGAGAGAGAGAAAAUACACAAGACAUACAAAAGACAAACAAAAUUUAACCAGCUCCCGCUGGAUUACCCAAAAGAAACAUGGUUUCUGUCGAGGGGCUCUCCAACUUAAACAGGAAACAAUACUAGAACAAUAAUAAAUAUAGAUCGAUACAUAAAUAGAUAAGAACAGGGCAGUAAUAUAAAUUAUAAAUUAUAACUCAUCAUAACUUAUAGCUUAAAUAAAGAAAUGAUAUGGAAAAAAAUGUUUAUCCAACUUAUUUUGUAGAGCUGUACUUGUAUAUUAACAUUAUUAUGAAAAACAAACUAACCCCCAUCAAAAACAAAGACAAAACAUUGGAGUAAACAGUAUUUAACAACGAUAUAUGUAUUAAUGUAUUAACCCCAGAAAUAAUACAGAAAUGUAGUUAAAAAUCCCAACAUUUAAGAGUCAACUCUUUCAAAAAAGUUUCCCGUAACUGGUAAAAUAGCCUAUAGGUUUUGGCUAAUUUUUGGGUCGGUCUUUUUGACGUACGGCGACGGCACUUGUGCCGUGGGUGCAGACCACUAAUUCAAGUGAGAAUUUUUGACCAGCUCAUUAGCAUUAAAAGUG